UAUGUUUCCGGCCGGACUGUUGGUUCUGUGGUCCCUUUUGGGGGAGUGGAAACUAAAAGACGCCGGAAGUCGCGAAGCAUGUCCAGCUUCUCUAGGGCGCCUCAGCAAUGGGCCACGUUUGCUCGAAUGUGGUAUCUCUUAGAUGGCAAAAUGCAGCCCCCUGGCAAACUUGCGGCUAUAGCGUCACAAAGGCUCCAAGGAUUACAUAAACCAGUGUACCAUCAACUGAGUGACUGUGGCGAUCAUGUUGUCAUAAUAAACACAAGACACAUUGCGUUUUCUGGAAACAAAUGGGAGCAGAAAGUGUACUCCUCACACACUGGCUACCCAGGUGGGUUUAGACAAGUAACAGCUGCACAGCUGCACCUGAAGGACCCAGUGGCGAUUGUGAAAUUAGCUACCUAUGGCAUGCUACCUAAAAACCUGCACAGAAGAACAAUGAUGCAGAGGUUGCAUCUCUUUCCAGAUGAGGAUAUUCCAGAAGAUAUUCUUAAGAAUUUAGUGGAAGAGCUUCCUCGGCCACGGAAAGUGCCUAAACGGCUGGAUGAGUACAGCCAAGAAGAGAGAGAGGCUUUCCCAAGAGUGUGGGCUCCACCUGAAGAUUAUCGACUGUAGGAAAAUGGAAAUGGUCAAAAACAACAGCAAGUAACUGAAUAGUUCAUGAGGAAUUUCCAUGACCGAGGACAAAGAAAACAGCGCUUGAUCUUGCUGUGCAGACACUCGAAGACAGGCCUCAGCAGGAGAUUGCAGUAGAACAUAUUACAUUACAGAAGUGUCUCAUAGAACCUGGUUUAAAUGGUGUAAAUGUUAAUAAAACUGCUUACUUAGUUAUCUA